UCCAUUGGAACUCAGGAAUUGAGUAGUUUCGGAUCCAUUUUGGGGGUGGAUUUCUCUCUGUCCAGAACAUACCACUUGUUACCUGGAACCUAGGAACAAAAAGGUUAAGAUAAUUUGAUAUCAUCUUCCUCUCUGGGCUCGGACCGACAACAUGGCCAAACGUACCAAGAAAGCUGGGAUCGUCAGUAAAUACGGGACCCGCUAUGGGCCCCUCCAGAAAAUGGUGAAGAAAAUUGAAAUCAGCCAGCAUGCCAAGUACACUUGCUCUUUCUGUGGCAAAACCAAGACGAAGAGACGAGCUGUGGGGAUCUGGCACUGUGGUUCCUGCAUGAAGACAGUGGCUGGCGGUGCCUGGACGUUUAGUACCACUUCCACUGUCACAGUAAAGCCUGCCAUCAGAAGACUGAAGGAAUUGAAAGACCGGUAGAUGCUCCUCUGCUCUUUGAGACAUCACUGGUCUAUAAUAGAUGGGUUAAUUUAUGCAAUUAAAAAAAAAAGAUAAUUUGAUAUCUUUUGAUACUUACAUAUAAAUCCAUAGAAAUAAAUAAAUAAAUCUGUAUAAAUAAACCAAAUA